GAUUGUAAUACCGUCCCCAUCAUCUCUGAGCGCUACAAUGUGAGCUGUGUGGUACCCCAGGCUGUUGAAGCGGCGUGCUGUCCUACUUACAGCACGGAAAACGUGGACGACGCUUACACCGAAAGAACUCUUACACCGGACCCAGCAACGGGAACCGCAGGUGCUGUUCUGAACCUUGAUCAGUAUUUGAGUCACUCUGCGUCUGGAUCGCCAUGCCUGCAGCGGUGGGUGGGCCUGUGGGGUACACCCCUCCUGAAGGGGGCUGGGGCUGGGUGGUGGUGGCAGGUUCCUUCAUCUGCAUUGGCUUCUCCUACGCCUUCCCAAAGUCCAUCACCGUCUUUUUCAAAGACAUCGAGGUCAUCUUCAAUGCCACGCCCAGCCAGGUGUCCUGGAUCUCCUCCAUCAUGUUGGCGGUCAUGUACGGUGGAGGUCCGAUCAGCAGCAUCCUGGUGAAUAAAUUUGGUAGCCGACCGAUUGUAAUCCUCGGCGGCUGUCUGGCAGGUUCAGGUCUGGUUGCAGCUUCUUUCUGUAACACCGUGGAGCAACUAUACUUCUUCAUCGGAGUUGUAGGAGGUUUGGGACUGGCCUUCAACUUGAAUCCAGCUCUCACCAUGAUCGGUAAAUACUUCUACCUUCGCCGUCCCAUCGCCAACGGCAUCGCUAUGGCCGGCAGCCCCGUCUUCCUGUCCACCCUGGCUCCUCUCAACACCUGGCUGUAUGAUGAGUUUGGGUGGAGGGGCAGCUUCCUCAUCCUGGGGGGGCUCCUGUUUAACUGCUGUGUGGCAGGUUCCGUGAUGCGUCCCAUAGGACCCAAACCUCAGCCCGUCAAGCCCGGCCCUGAGGCGGAGGAGGGCAAGGCGCCACCCAGGAAGACGGUCCUUCAGACCAUCAACUCUUUCAUCGACCUGACGCUCUUCAAACAUCGUGGCUUCCUGCUCUACCUCAUGGGCAAUGUGGUCAUGUUCUUCGGCUUCUUUUCCCCCUUCUUCUUCCUGUCCAACUAUGCCAAGAGUAAAGACAUCAGCAAAGAAAAGGCUGCCUUCCUUCUGUCUGUGCUGGCCUUCGUCGACAUGUUCGCCCGUCCCUCCAUGGGUCUUCUGGCCAACACCAAGUGGGUCCGUCCCAGGGUCCAGUACUAUUUUGCUGCGUCUGUCCUCUACAACGGGCUGUGCCAUGUCCUGGCGCCACUGUCGGUGGACUACACGGGGUUCGUGAUCUACGCCAUCUUCUUUGGCUUCGCCUUCGGGUGGCUGAGCGCAGUUCUGUUCGAGACACUGAUGGACUUGGUAGGGGCCCAGAGGUUUUCUUCAGCAGUGGGUCUGGUCACCAUUGUGGAGUGUGCUCCUGUCCUUCUGGGACCACCACUAACAAGUAGUUUCUACAACUACUACCACCACUACGACUACACUUACAUCACCUGCGGCAUCAUCCUGAUGAUUGCCAGCGUCUUCCUCUUUGUGGGGAUGGGCCUUAAUUACCACCUGCUGGACAAAGAGAGGAAGGAGGAGGAGAGGAGGGAGGAGCCUAAAGAGGAGCGCACCGCCAUGUUGGAAGCUGCCUCACCAUCCAAAUCUGCAAAUAACGAUGAGUUGGCUCCUGUUACGCUGGAUGACGUUGCCAAGAUGGACGAGGACUCCGUAUAGAUGGAGGAGAGUACUGUAAGAAAAAACGGAUAAAACAGACUCUAAAGGGACACCUCUAGUUUUUAUAGAGAUAACAACCCCCCACCACCACCUGAAGCCAUACAAAAUGUGAGUCUUCUGCUGUGAAGCCACCUUCAGCAGAUCAGACUUCCAGAGUUUUCCGUGCCUUUUCUAAAUGUUCCAGAACACGGACACUGCUAACCACGCUAACAAUUCCUCAAACAUUCGAGGGUCUUUGGCCACCACAGACUUUCAAAAUCUCUCACAGAUUUUAUAAUGGAUCAACAGAACAAGAACCUAAGAGUCAGUCCAUCUGUCUUCUCCUAAAACUCAAAAACUGAACAGUUUCCUCCAUGUGAGGAUUUACAGGGCCCACAUUUAGAUGCUAUGUCCACGCUUCUGUCUGAUGUCAAACUUUUUACUCUUCCGGAAAACACAGGGAUGGACUGAUCUUCUGAGACCUAAGACCAGCACCAGGGAACAGGUCUGAAACCAGGUCUCAGGUCUAAAACCAGGAUCCGGGUCCCAGGUCUUAAACCAACUCUCAAGUCUGAAACCAGGUCCCAGGCCUGAAACCAGGUCUCAGGUCUAAAACCAGGAUCCGGGUCCUAGGUCUUAUACCAACUCUCAAGUCUGAAACCAGGUCCCAGGCCUGAAACCAGGUCUCAGGUCUAAAACCAGGAUCCUGGUCCCAGGUCUUAUACCAACUCUCAAGUCUGAAACCAGGGUUCAGGUCUGAAAAAAACAGGUCUUGUGUCAGAAACCAGAUCCCGUAUCUGAGGUAAAUGGGUCAUUUUGUGUCACACAUCCUGAGCAGCUUUUCCUACAAACAUCACAUCUGUGGAGAGAGUUCACCUCGGGUUCUGAAGUUGGUUUCAGAUAACAGAAAUGGAGAUGGAUGAGAUCAUGUUCAUUCACAGACUUGAAAAGAGGCUGGGCAGUAGACGAUGGUGGAUGAAAACAAGUUUCAUCAUUUCCUGUGUAACCACUCCAGUAUGGACAUGUCCAGCGUUAUGUCCUUCAGGUAUGUCUCCAAACUGAACAGACCAGUCUGAAUCUCUGUGGAUCGGAGAGGUUCUGAUUCAUUUCCAGGUAGCUGUGACACAUUGACAGAACAGAAUUAUCUCUGAUUCAUCUUCUAAAUGUGGCUAGAAAACAUGUCGUGUGAGCAGCUUCCUGUUUGUCUGACGUGGAGGAACCCGUUGAAGGGAACUAUAGAUGUUUCUGUAGAGGAACACUAUUUAUUUAGUUGGGUUCUCCAGAUGGGUUCUCCAGACUUCAACAACAGCAGAGAUGUUAGUGAUAAUGUUAAAGGGUGUGUUUACACCAUGUGUUUUAUUUUAUUUAGUUUGUUUAAAGACCAAAAGUGUUGGAAACUAACAAGUAUAAUGUUCUAGAAAAGUUCCUGUUGGGAUUUUAGUAGUUUUAUUUAAGCCAGUGUUGGUACGAUCAGCUGUUUCAUCUCUCAGCACACCUGAUUUGAAGCACAUCUGGAUCUUUGUGUGUGUGUGUGUUUACGCCCCACCUUGUCACAGGUGAUCUGACACCUGGACAACUUCUGAUUGUAACUGAUAA